ACAGGAACUACAGUACCCGGCAUGUUGUUUAAAGUCAUGAUUGAAGGAGAGUGACCGUGAACAGUUAAGGUGUAGUUGAAAGCCAACAUUUCACUGAAUUAAAUGGUUUCAAUUACUGCAAGAUGAAGUAAUCAUGAAUACAGCUCGCAUUCUACUAUGGAGUCCAUGUGUACGGUGCCUAGCUCCCUUCGCCAGGACCACUCGCCUACAGGCUGUGCUCUCCACUGGAGGUCUGGCACAUCGGGGCCUCGGUCUAAGCAGUAGCGGUGUCCAGCAGGUGCACCGGGCUUUCCAUGUCAGCUCCAGGCAUGACAAGAAGCAGGAUUUGCCCUCAUUUGUCAAAGAAAGUGAGAAGGAUGGCGACAAGGACAAGUCUUUGGUUGUCCAUGACGAUUUGUUUGAAAGGACAGGCAGAGAGGCAAAGAACAAAGGCACAUUCAACAAGGCCGUGGAUGUUUUUAACAAGAGGGAUGUGCGCCGGCGAGGUCACGUGGAUUUCAUAUAUGCAGCGCUGAGGAAGAUGCCAGAAUUCGGAGUGGAGAGAGACCUCGCCGUGUAUAACAAGGUCUUGGAUGUUUUUCCCAAGGAGGUGUUUGUGCCACGGAACUAUAUCCAGAGGAUGUUCAACCAUUAUCCGCGGCAACAGGAGUGUGCAGUACAAGUGUUGGAACAGAUGGAGAAUUAUGGAGUCAUGCCAGAUGAGGAGACCAGGGUCCUCCUCUUUCAGAUCUUCGGGGAAAAGGGCCACCCAGUGAGGAAGUACCAGCGGAUCCUAUACUGGUUCCCCAAGUUUAAGCACGCCAACCCGUUCCCUGUGCCCCACCAGCUGCCUGAGGACCCAAUGGACUUGGCCCGCUUCAGCCUCACACGCAUCGCCGGCGACCUGGACAGCAAAGUCACCGUCUAUCAGAUGCCCUACACAGACAUCACAGAGGCUGGUGAGGAGGUCGAGGAGACCCAUAUCGUUGGGAUCCAGAGUCCAGACCAGCAGUCCCUUCUGGCCAAGCACAACCCCAACAAGCCGGUGUUUGUGGAGGGGCCGUAUCCCCUGUGGCUCAGGAAGACGUGCGUCUACUACUACGUGCUGAAGGCAGACCCGGUGCCACCUGAAGAGAAGGUGGAGGAGUACAUCGACCCAGAGCUUGUGGGUCCUCAGCAAUCUAUUCACUACCCGCUGUGGGUAGAAAUGGAUCUUACGCGUGACAUGGGGGAUGAUUUUAGCUUCGAUGUGGACGAAGUGGAUGAGGGGGCCAUCUACGGCAUGUGUAUGGCUGGCCGGGGUGACCAGAUCACUCUGUCCCGCUGGAUCGCCGGCCUCCAGGAGACCAACCCUAUCUUGGGCCGCAUCCCCACCGUCUUCCGCCUGGAGUCCGGGCCCCAGGAGCUCCAGGACCUCACGGAAGGCCAGCGACCCACUGGAGAGGACACGGAGGCGGAACACAGGACGGAACCUGACACAGAGGAGGAGCAGCAGCAGAUGGGGGGGCAGAGAAUGAAGCAGUGAGGUCCGCAGGGAGGUUCAUCAGCUUACUGCAGCGUAAUGCAAACGUGUCCCAGUUAUACUCCAACAGGUACGCCCUCUUACAGGAUUAGAUGAUAACCCUAAUCUAAUACUCCCACACUCUGAUACCCCUGAGGGGCUAGCUGGCUUAGUUGUGCUUUGCUGGGAUUGUAACUUGAACUGUACAAGAAGAGGACAGGAUAUUCCGUCAUCCCCAAUAGCAAAAAACUAAGGACGGUUCAGUUUAUCAUCUGUUUGCAAAAGUCCUCUGCUGAUAUCACUAGAUGCUCGUGUGUGGACAUCCUUGUUGAACUGAAAUGAAUACUGCAGACGCAUUUUUAUUUAAUGUUACUGGUUCCGGUUUAAAUGUUGUUUCUGUCAUUUUAAUCAGAACUUUGUCUGCUGGUCUGAAUGAAUAUGUAUUAUUUAAAUGUUUGAAAAUGAAAUCAUGCAAUAUUGUAACAACUGAGUAAAAAGGUAAAGUCUAUAUUUA